GAUAGUGGCUGCACCUGCUCACGGACACACUGCCUAUUCACACCACCAGCAACAUCGCAAAACUACAGCAUGAUAGUGGCUGCACCUGCUCACGGACACACUGCCUAUUCACACCACCAGCAACAUCGCAAAACUACAGCAUGGUAUUCAAUUGCUCAGAGCUAGACGACAUACUGGAGAAGUACUACCUAUCACCAUCUUAUGCCAUCGAGUUUGCCAUUGGGUUUCCUGGCAACCUUAUAGUUGUACUUGGUUACAUAUUUUGUUUGCAGGUGUGGCAGAGCUGCAACAUUUACCUCAUCAACCUGGCAGUCUCCGACCUUAUUUUCCUCUGCACGCUGCCACGGCUCUCCUACCUCUAUGCCAAUGGCCAAUCAGAAACAAGGGCUGCUGCUUGUGUGAUCAACUGCUAUAUCUUACAUGUCAAUCUUUACUCUUCCAUCCUCUUCAUGGUUUUGCUGAGCAUGGACCGCUACCUGCUGGUGAAACAUCCAACACGAAACCACUACCUGCUGAAACCACGCACUGCACUGAUCGUGAGCGGGCUGGGCUGGCUAGCUGUUAAUGUGCAAAUUAGUCCAAUGAUAGCAUUGAUGGUUGAUGACCUGCACAGCGCAAACUGGCAACGCUGCCAAGAUUAUGCAAGCCUACAAGGACGGGUUGACUCGUUCAGCUACAGCCUAGGGCUAACCAUGACAGGUUACAUUCUCCCACUGCUUGGACUUUGUGUCUUCUCCUACAAAAUUGCACAGCUGCUCCAUGCCCAGGAAAGGGCUAUACAGCGCAGGACAACAUCGUUCAAGAGGCCUCUCAGGGUUGUUGCAUCAGCUGCAGCCAUCUUUCUGGUUCUCUACACUCCCUACCAUGUGCUGAGAAAUAUCAGAAUAGCAUCUAAGCAGCCCUGGGCUGGGCUGCCUCAUUGUACAAAGAUGUACAUAGAGGGCAUGUAUAUUGUGAGCCGACCGCUGGCCUUUGUGCACAGUGUCAUCAACCCUGUCUUCUACUUCCUCAUGGGUGACAAGUUCAGAGAGCUUCUAGUGACAAAGAUCAGAAAGCUGGCAAGAAAAACAGAGUGGCAAAACUCAUCAGCCCUACAAAAUUCAACACAAGAUCCCUGAGUCACACAAGGAGACUAGUGUUUAAAGUAUUUGUCAGACUGUCUAUUAAUGACGUAGAUAGUUUUUUGAAGUGACCAUAUCCACAAACAUAUUACAGAAUUAUCAUAAAAAAGCAUCAGAGAAUCAGGAAAGAGGAAGUUCCAUGUUGAUAAAGUAAUAUUAUGUAAAAUAGUUCAAUACAUGGGUUAUUUUUAGGGGUUCAGCACCUGUUGCUAUGUAAAUGUGUUCUCUGUUUGAGCAUAUGUAUAUAAAUGGAAACAGCAUGCUGUUUACAGUUGUAUAUGUAUUUUUUUAUGGCUUCAUUAUUCAUAAAUGUAGUCGGUUGCUGAACAUGACUUUGUUAAUUGGUGUUACUAUUUUUGCAUGUCUGCAUUUCAGUCUGUAAUGUACUGUUUCAUCUGUCAACAUAAUGAAAUGUGAUCUUAAUUCGACUGAUAAUUGUUGGCUGUUUUUUUUUAUUAUAUCUAAUAUUUAUCACUAGUAAAAGUAAAAUGUACAUCUUUUGAAAAGAUUCAGUAGGACAAUUCUUUUUUCUGUGACUUUCAACAGAUCCAAGUUAAAUUCAGAUUUUUCAGAUUUCAGAUUUUUUUUUUUUUUAAGUUGGCUCCGUAAUAAACUGCUCCAUAAUGCGAGGUCCCGUAAAACUAACUAUAUCGAUUUAAUGAUGUCCAGUUCUGAUCAUAUUGUCAAUAAAAUUUGUGAGGUUCUUUGUUUAGGUGUACAUGCUUGUUGGGAGUGACAGUCUACCUGCCAAAUAUUACCACAGCACAUUUUCUGCAUUUGCUUAAAAAAUCUAUUGCAUGUAGCUCUCUGAACUCCACUGUAUUAACACAAUCCUAAGUCAACCCUGCUGACCACUGCUUUGACUUUGGUGCAUUUUUCUUCUCUGAAUGUAGCCGAGUUACUGAUUAUUUCAAAGAACUUCUUUUGUGUUUUUGUUUCUCAGCACUUUACCUGUAUAUCUUUCCUGCAGUUUUUGAAAUGGGAUAUCUUACUACUCAAACAUUGAAAAGAAUUGUAUUUGUUAUCCUUUACAAGUACUAAAAGAGGAUUCUUUGAUCAUUCUGAAAAUCGGUCAAAGAAAACACUGUCAUCUUUUGAUCUCUGUGUUUUUGUUUUUUUCAUGGAUUUAACUGAUCCCAGCUGGCAAGUUAUGUAGCACCUUACAUCGAGACCUAUUCAACUGUGUUAUGAACAGUAUUUUCAUUUUCAUUUCAUUUCAUCAUUCAUAUUGUGUUUUGGUUUUUUUUCCCCCCAAGUAAUGUACAUGGAUUACAGACUCUUGGAAUAAAGAUAAGGGGAAUUGCAGGGUGGCUGAUGUGUCAUCAUAUCCUAUUACUGUAUUUGUUUUGUUUGUGUAAAUCAAUAUAUUUGCAAUUUAGGCAUGUGCUGUGGUGCCAUCUCAGAGACACUUUAAAUUUGUAAUCACAUGAAAGCAUCACCUCAAUUCAAAAUAGUACCUUUCCUUGUAGCCUGUCACAUUUUCCAGUU